AUGGGCAACCCUCUCUCCAAAUGCUGUGCGCAGGACACGACACUUCCCAAAAAGACUGGGGAUGCUCCUAUGAACGCCUCUAAUCAAUCACUGAUUAGUGACAGUCGAGUCGAACCAGCAGCCCCAGUAGCAACCAAGGAAAACAACCAGUCUCCAAACUUCUUUCAAAGGAUUUCAAGACAGUUUUCUGUCGGUCAAAAGAGCCAAUCGAUUGAGCAAGGACUCCAAAACUUCCCAUACCCUUUAACCGAGGAAGAGAAGCAAGUUCUGCUUCGUAAUGAAAUCCCAGCGACCGAGAUCAAGAAAUUAUCCAUUGGUGUAGAUGCCGGUGGUAUGGGUAUCAUUCACGUAGCUGAAUGGAAGGGUCAGAAGGUCGCGAUUAAGGAGGCUUCUGCUCACGUUAUCUCAAAAGAGGUCGAGAUAUACAGUCGCAUGAAGGGGUGUGACAGCGUGGUUGCGUUUUAUGGGGUAACUUUUCCAGCUGGCUUGGACAAGAUGUGUAUUGUGACAAAGUAUGCUGACAAAGGAUCACUCACGUGGCAUCUCAAGGUUGAGUACCAUAAACUCACUUGGGAUGAUAAACUCCGCCUUGGGGCUCAGAUCACCAAAGGUAUUGCCCGUCUUCAUGAAGAAGGUGUUUACCACCGUGAUCUUCAUGGAGGCAACAUCUUGAUCGAUGAUCAAGGCAAUGCCAUGCUGACCGACUUCGGAGCUAGUACAAUUAUGGAAGAGCGUGUAGUCAGGAACAUCAAAGAGUAUUCUUUGGAGGAGGUGCCUGUUGGAGAAGGUCGUUCCAAAUUCAUUAGUAAAAAGAUUACUGGACUUGAUGCCCAUCAGAGCGGCGAAGAUAGAAAGACUAACGGCAAAGGCGAGGACGCAGACGAUGAUCCUUUGAUUGGUGUCAUGGCCUACAUUGCCCCCGAACGAUUCCGCAACCCAAAAUAUUUUGAUGCAAAAUGUGAUAUCUAUUCUCUUGGUGUUCUGCUCUGGGAGCUAACAUCUGGUCACUCUGCUUUUGCAAAGGUCCCACAGGAUGUUCAUUUGGCUGUUGCCAUCAUGAAUGGAAAGCGUGAGCUGCCAGUUGAAGGCACACCUACAGAGUACAUGGCACUGUAUGAGAAGUGCUGGCAGUCUGACCCAGCUAAACGCCCUACAACGAAUGAGAUCUUGGAGACUCUCGCCAAGGUUCGCGCCAGUAUGACACCUGAACAACUGGCCGUCACACGCAAGCGCAGCAAUGUUCAAUAUGAGUCUGUCGAAGUUUAUGAAGAGUCCGUAAGCAUUCCUCGUCCAACUUCCGAUGUCCAACAGUACUUUAUCUCAGAGUAA